GGCAACCCUGAAGUGGACAAGUAGGUCAGGAAAUGGAUGGAUUUAUUUAAGUGUUUCAUUUUUUUUUUUGUCAUUUAUCUGUAUUCUGUUUUAGCAUCAUUCUUAAAAAGUUUAACCAAGAGAGCAGAGCAGAGUUGAGAAGUAUAACACCUUGAACGCCAACCCAAAUGUUGGAGUUCUCAAAAUGAGUGCAUGUUCUGAGCGCGCAAGCGCAGUUCGUGUGCGCGCUCACCUACGGGCGGGCUGGCAGCCAGGCUGUCAUUGCGGGUGUUUGGGCGUGUCGUCAACGAUGUCUUUGUCUCUUCCUCCUCCUCCUCCUCCGACGAGCUCUCAGGUUCCUUCCAGCUGCCACCCCGUGCCCCGUUCGCACAUACCUUACAGUCAGUACAAUGGCUUACUUGCGCAGUCACUGCUGAGCACCGCCGUUCUGUAAAUGCCAAGGCUGAAAGGAGCUCAACAGAGUGCUAGACCCUUCUCAAGGAGCUGCCCGAAGUUCAAAGGUGAUGGAGAGCAACGCGAGCCCCCAUUUAAGCGAAGGCAGCGCGGGAUCCAGCAACACGGGCUGCGGCAGCUGGCGACGCUCUUGGGACGAGCGGAGCGGCUUCUCGGGGCAGCACGCGGGCAGCGGUUCUGAGAUUGAUAGCAUUGAUGAAGACAAAGAAAUGGCAUGUAAAGCUGUAGCCUAUGUGAUUAGAAACACAAGGAAGGGAAUUGUCCCACUUUGUUCCAGUAUUGCUCAGCUUUUGAAGACAAACAGAAGGCUGGAACAAACUGUUCAGUCACAGCAGCAAGAAAUUAAACGGUUAAAAAGACUUUGUGAGAACUAUAGCAGACAAGCAUCACCUGGCACGGAGACAAAGUCACUGGAUAACUCUCAAUUGGAAGCAGCAGCAGGCCUGCAAGCAAAUGUGCAGAUUGUGCAAGCCAUCUGUCACUCAGAACCUAGCAAACCUCCUUUGCCGUCGAUAACAGAAGCACAAGUGCUUCCGGGAAACUGUGAGUCAGAAGUGCCACCUGAAUCCAACCUUAACAUGUCAUCACACUCGGAGGAGCAACAAGGUAUAUCAUCUAAGGUCAUGGUGUCCAGGGAAGUUCAAGUCAGCUGCCCCAGUCUGCCAGUUUCAAAGAAGUGUGAACAGCAAUUAAUGGAAACCUUGCUGCUGAACUCACGACUGACAGAAGAUCUGAGUAAAGCAUGGCAGCAGAUUGAUUUUCUAAGAUCCCGUCUCUGGCAGACAGAGGAUCAGUGCCGGCACCAAGUACAUGAGGCUUUGCAUCAGGGCAGUCAUGGAAACACAACAUUGCACAGCUGUGAACCAAGAUCUAUACACUGCAAUCCUGGUUCCCCGCAGCAUAAUCCAGCAUCUCCUCAUUGCAAGUCACAUUCUCCACAAUGUGAGUCUAGAUCUCCAUGCUGUGAAUCAAGAUCACCAGAUCCAGAACAUGACUCAGGUUCUACACAUUAUGAACCAAGAUCUCCAGUGCAUAACUCAGGGUACCUUCAUUUUGAAAAAAAUAAUUCACAAGAUGAUUUGGUGUCUCCUUGCUGUGAUUCACUUCAGUAUUUUCAUUGUAGACAAAGAUCUUCAUUACUUGACUUAGGAUCAUCUCUGUCCAAACAGCGAUACAGGCAAUACAGUGAGUCAUGUUUUCCUCAUUGCAAGCAAAGAUCUCCAACAUACGAGUCAGGACCUUCUCAGUACAAGUCAAGACUGGCACCCUAUGAAGCUGGAUUAAAUAAUUAUAAGCUACGAACAACGUGUAAGCAGUACCGAGAGACAGCAGGAAUUUGGCCAGUUCAGAACUGCAGUAGCAGGUCAGGUCAGAACAGAAACCAGACAGACAACUUACAAAUGGAUAAAUUCAAAUUCUGUCAUCAUGUGUCUCACAAUGAAGAGAUAUUUAAGGGUAUAAGCCAGGACAACAGCAGAAACAACCAUGAAGAAUUAAAAACUCUAGAUAAUUAUCAAAGCCAGAAAUUACAAGUCAAACUGAAUGAUUACGUCAUUGUAAAUGGAAAUAAAUCUGGAACAGUUGUUUAUAUUGGCCAUUUGGAUAAUUCAGCAGUUCCUAAUGCUGUAUAUUUGGGCCUGGAGCUAGAUGAACCAAGUGGCAAACACGACGGAACACUUAAUGGAAAGAGGUACUUCAAAUGCUAUGAAAACUGUGGCCUGUUUGUUGGUCUUCAUGAGGUGUUUUAUGUCAUUAAUUCAACGCCUAGGCAGCCAGCCCCAUUCACCAAGCCACAGCAUGUACAACAAAGAGCAUCACCGAGUCCCUGCAUUCUUUCAACGCAGGACCGCACAGGCAGUGUGGGGGGCUCAAACUACAGCGUGGUGAUUAAGAAGAAGGGAAGUGGAGCUGCUGAGCAAAGCAAACGACUGCCAAGGAAAUUUAACAGGUGCCAUGAAGAGAAGCUUCCUGCUUCUUCUCAAAGGGUUUGGAAAAGCAACAACCACUCGUCCGUGUGUGCGCCAAAUUGUCCUCCAGAUUUCACAAAGACCAGGCUUUACUCUAGAGAAAAAGGAAGUACUCGCUAAAAAAUAGCAAUGUGGUGGACUGAUUAAUAUUCCUAUUUUGGGAAAUGGUGAUGCCUAAAGAAGAAAGGCAAUAAACCAGGAUGCCAGAAGAUGGAGAUCCCUGAUACACAGCACCUGCCAUGUAGGUCUCGGCCGAGUAUUAAGGCUAAUUCAUCUAAUGAAGCGAGGCGCCAACUCGUGAGAGUUAAAGCAAGAGCACGUCCUGGUAAACACAGCACGAGAGCGCUG